AUGGCGACGACACAGCAAGCGGUGGCGGUCCAAGACACGAACAAGUCGAUUCUCUCCCUCCUGCUCUCCCUCUCGCCCCUCUGGUUCAUCGUGCAGAGCCGAACCCGCCUUGGCCUCGAUACCCUGCACGUCGGCCUUUUCCAGGUCGUUCUGCUGCUCGUCCUGCGAGCUGGACUCGACCUCAUCCCAACUCGACUGCGCCGCAAGACCGCCUCACCGGCACCGGCACCGGUUGUUCAGCCCGCUGUCCAGGAGGAGGCGCGUGUAGGGAACGGCGUCGACGUUAAGGAGAAGCAGAAGUCGAGGCGGCGGGUCAAGAGGAAGGUUGCGGCCGCCCCUCCCGCUCCCUUCGCUGCCGAGAAGCUCGACGAGACUGUCGCCAACUUCCUUCACAUCACCGAGCCCGCCUUCCUCUCCUACGUCCCCGUCAAGCCCACAACAUCAAUCUCCUCCGCCCCGCUGUCCGACUGGAAGAAGACGUUCUCGGGCGAUAACGUCGAGGUCCUCCAGCACCCGACGCUUUCCUCCCUCUUCGGCAUCUGCGCAACGUUUCCCGACGUGCCCAUCCGCAACUUGUUCCAGGUCUUGCAGGAUAUCGGCAAACGACCGGUGUGGGACGGGAUGUGUUCUGGCGCGAGCGAGAUCGAGCGGUUCGAGGUGGACGGCAGGAAGGGCAAUGCCCUAACGAUGCAGAUGAAGGGGAUGGCGAUGAUCAAGGCUAAGGACCUUGUCCUCCUGUCCGUGGCCGGCAAGCUGCCUACGCCCGAAGACGACAUGGAAGAUGGCCAGCCUACCGCCGAAAAACUGCGCAUCUUCGCCGCGUCGACCUCCGUCGACCACCCCAAGGUCCCGCCUACUCCGCAGUACAACCGCAUGACGCUCAGCAUCUCGGGCUUCUUCAUCGAGGAGGUCGGCAAGGGUAGCAAGAUCGUCCAGAUCACCGACUUGUCCGGGCUUGGCUCCUGGGUCCCGAACAGCGUCCUCCGAACAAUCACGCAGACGAUGCUGCCCAAGUCGCUCGCCAAGCUCGGCGCAGCUGCAGCGGACGUGACCGAAUUUACGAGCGACUUCCCACCUCCGACGCUCGGCAAGAAGGCGCCGCCUACCGCGAACGGGCAUGCGAAUGGCGAGGCAGGCGGCGAAGAGGCUGAAGAGGAGGAGGAGGAGGAAUCCGAUUACGAAGACGAGAGCGACGACGAGGACUCGUCUGCUCCCGACGCAACCCGCCUCUCGCCUUCCGCUUCUCGCGACCUCCACUCCCUCCUUUCCCAGCUUCGCUCCCUCACCUCCCGCCUCGCCGCUCUCGAAACCCUCGUCUCUUCACCCUCCGCGCCCGCCUCCUCAUCCGGCGUCGCAGCAACUCCCACACGACGGUGGUACUCGCCCUUCAGCAGCAGCAGCGGUAGCGGAGCAGGAAAAGGCUACGGCGGACCGAGCGACAUGAUGACCAUGAGUCCGGGCAAGUUGAGUGCGCUGGCGACGCUGGGAAGUGCGGCGGGAGCGGCGAUUGCGGUAGCUGCUGUGACGGCUGUCGCGCGGCGGAGGAAGUGA